AUGCCUAUUGGUCAAACACAGGCAGAAUCCAGGUCAAGCACAAGACUGAAGACAUCAAACAACCUUCAAGAUCCCAACCAGUCUGGCUUUAAAGCCAAAGUACAUUCCACAGAGACUUGGCUGUCUCUGAGAAACUACAUGCUGCUAGAUCAAUCAAGCUGUCAUCUGUCCACAUCCUUCUCGACGUGUAACAUGAUCUUGUCGGUUUCUGUUCUACAACACCAGAAGGAUUCGGCCAUUUUUUCAGGGUCAGAUAUUUUCUGGUCUACCAUCAUGGCAGGACGAAAAUUUCACUCUGAGAAUCAACAGCUACUGAAGAUGCAUCUCUUGUUUUUUGUGCUGUUAGAGAUGUACACACUGAGCCAUGUGCAUGCCUACCCUAAUGGAUCUAUAGCAUCAGCGUGUGACAGUAUGAUACCGAAUCACCCAUCCUACGUGCCUCAGAGCACCAUAGCACCGUACAGAGUCAGAGCGGACCGCAGGACAUACAGACCUGGAGACAUGAUCAGAGUGACUCUGGAGUCAGUGAACAACACAGAUUUCGAGGGUUUCAUGCUGCAAGCUCGGACAACGUCGAGCCACACCGCUGUGGGCUAUUUCGUGCCAGGAAACACCAAUCUGGUCCGACUGCACAACUGUUUCAACACUGAGAAUUCAACCGUCAGCCACUCUUCAGCAAAUGAAAUUACAGAGAUCGAGGUCAUGUGGGUCGCCCCUCGUACAUCUGCUCUGGACAAUAUUAUGUUCUGUGCAACAUUUUUGAAGAACUAUGCUGAGUUCUGGACCAUGGUGAGCAGCAACAUUAUCCUGCUGUCCAGCAGUCCUGCUCCAGCUGUGAACCUUCUGAUGCUGGCUUUCUGCAACCUGAUCGCAGUGAUUGGACUCUUCAGAUCUUCAUCUCUAACGCUACUCUGA